UCCUCCUCUGGCUACGAGGCGGGCGCACCUUCCAACAGCUCCAAAGCCCCGGGGAGAAUACGCCGAACUCCCGUCCCUGAGAGGGGUUUCGGUGCCGCAGGUCCCCUCCGGCGUGGGGAGCCUGGGACCCGGCGCGCGCGCGCGGGAGCUCCAUCUCCAGCCCCGGGGGGAGCUUCGCCAGGAGGGAGUGUCCGCCGCGGGGACCGAGGGGCCGGAGGAGCCCACUUGGAGUGACGCCCCCACGACACGUCCCGAUUUCGCCUAAGGAGCUGAAGGCUACAGGACACCUGGACUCCUCGCCUCCUCCGCGCGCCCUCUCCGCCCCCCGGCGCGCAGCUCGCGGGCCGCCGGGCGCCCCGUCGGCGGCAGCUCCCUCCUCGAAAGCUGCCGGAGCGCAUGAGGCCACGGCCCCCUCCGCCGGGGCCCCCCUCGCGGUGCCCGCGGUGAUGCCAUGCCCCGCCAGCACGCGGGCGGCGAGGAGGGCGGUGCCGCCGGGCUCUGGGUGAGGAGCGGCGCGCCGGCGGCGGCGGCGGCGGCGGGCGGGGGGCGCACGGGCGGCGGCAUGAAGGAUGUGGAGUCGGGCCGGGCCAGGGCGCUGCUGAACUCGGCAGCCGCCGGGGGCGACGGGCUGCUGCUGCUGGGCACCCGCGCGGCGGCGCUGGGUGGCGGCGGCCUGCGGGAGAGCCGGCGGGGCAAGCAGGGCGCCCGGAUGAGCCUGCUCGGGAAGCCGCUCUCCUACACCAGCGGCCAGAGCUGCCGGCGCAACGUCAAGUACCGGCGGCUGCAGAACUACCUGUACAACGUGCUGGAGAGGCCCCGCGGCUGGGCGUUCGUCUACCACGCGUUCGUUUUUCUCCUCGUCUUUGGUUGCUUGAUUUUGUCAGUGUUUUCCACCAUCCCUGAGCACACAAAAUUGGCCUCAAGUUGCCUCUUGAUUCUGGAGCCAUCUCUGUCUGAGGUGCGUGCAGAAGAGGAGGUGUCUUCUCGCCAUCGGGGAGACCAGAAGAAGAGACGAGGAUCAGAACAUGGCCUGGAAUUCGUGAUGAUCGUCGUCUUUGGUUUGGAGUUCAUCAUUCGAAUCUGGUCUGCAGGCUGCUGCUGCCGGUACCGCGGAUGGCAGGGAAGACUGAGAUUCGCCCGAAAGCCGUUCUGUGUCAUAGAUACCAUUGUCCUCAUCGCCUCCAUAGCGGUCGUGUCUGCCAAAACUCAGGGUAACAUCUUCGCCACGUCGGCACUGCGCAGCCUGCGCUUCCUGCAGAUCCUCCGCAUGGUGCGCAUGGACCGGCGCGGCGGCACUUGGAAGCUACUGGGCUCCGUGGUCUACGCACACAGCAAGGAAUUAAUCACAGCUUGGUACAUAGGAUUUUUGGUUCUGAUUUUUUCAUCUUUCCUUGUCUAUCUGGUGGAAAAGGAUGCUAAUAAGGAGUUUUCUACAUACGCGGAUGCUCUCUGGUGGGGCACGAUAACGUUGACCACGAUCGGUUAUGGAGACAAAACCCCCCUGACGUGGCUGGGAAGGCUGCUGUCAGCAGGCUUCGCACUCCUGGGCAUUUCUUUUUUUGCACUUCCUGCUGGCAUUCUUGGCUCAGGUUUUGCAUUAAAAGUACAAGAACAGCACCGCCAGAAACACUUUGAGAAAAGACGGAACCCAGCUGCCAACCUCAUUCAGUGCGUUUGGCGUAGUUACGCAGCUGAUGAGAAAUCUGUCUCCGUUGCAACUUGGAAGCCGCACCUGAAGGCCUUGCACACCUGCAGCCCCACCAAUCAGGUCUGUAGUCAUAAGCAGAAGCUCUUCAGAAUACACACCUCAUGGAAGCAGAGCCAGAAGCUCAGCUUCAAGGAGCGCGUGCGCAUGGCCAGCCCUCGGGGCCAGAGUGUCAAGAGCAGGCAGGCGUCGCUGGGGGACAGGCGGUCCCCCAGCACGGACAUCACGGCUGAGGGCAGCCCCACCAAAGUGCAGAAGAGCUGGAGCUUCAACGACCGCACGCGCUUCCGGCCCUCCCUGCGCCUGAAGAGCUCGCAGCCCAAGCCAGUGGUGGACGCUGACACAGCGCUUGGUACCGAUGACGUGUACGAUGACAAAGGAUGCCAGUGUGACGUGUCCGUGGAGGACCUCACGCCACCGCUGAAAACUGUCAUUCGGGCAAUCAGAAUUAUGAAGUUUCAUGUUGCAAAACGGAAGUUUAAGGAAACAUUGCGCCCAUACGAUGUAAAAGAUGUCAUCGAACAGUACUCCGCUGGUCACCUGGACAUGCUGUGUAGGAUUAAAAGCCUGCAGACACGUGUGGAUCAAAUUCUUGGAAAAGGACAAAUCACGUCAGACAAGAAGAGCAGAGAGAAAAUAACCGCAGAACACGAGGCCACGGAUGACCUCAGUAUGCUCGGCCGGGUGGUCAAAGUUGAAAAACAGGUCCAGUCCAUCGAGGCCAAGUUGGACUGCCUGUUGGACAUCUACCAGCAGGUGCUGCGGAAAGGCUCCGCUCCGGCCCUCGCGCUGGCCCCCUUCCCGAGCCCGCCCUUCGAGUGUGAACAGACGUCGGACUACCAGAGCCCGGGCGACGCCCGGGACCUCUCGGGCCCGGCGCCGGGGGGCGGCCUCCCGCGCUCCGCCAGCGCGGGCCUGGCGCGGGGCCUGCAACUCAUCCUGGCGCCCGGCGAGCUGGGCGCCCAGGCGCUCUACGCGUUCAGCCCCGCGCCGACGCCGGCGCCCGGGAGCCCGGGGGACUGCCCGGCGGCCCCGCGCGGCCUGGCUCCCCCGGCGGCGGCGGCGGGAGCGGCCCGGCCGGCGGCCCCCGCCACCCUGCAGAUACCGGCCGCCCUGCCGGCGCUCGGGCCACUGCCCCACGGCCCCGCCGGCGCCCCGGAGGCGCUCCCCGAGCUCAGCGCCCGCCUGGCGGCCGCCAAGGACCGCCUCCCGGCCAAAGAGCGCGCCCUGCGCCAGAGCCUGGACCUGGGCGGGGCGGCCCUGCUGUCGGUCCGGCCCGCGGUGUCCCAGGACCCGGGCCGCUCGGUGUCGGCGCAGAACCUGGCCCGGUCCGCCGAGGACCUGGACGUGCAGCUGUCGGGCAGCGAGUCCAGCGGCUCCAGGGGCAGCCAAGAGUUUUACCCCAAGUGGCGGGAAUCCAAGUUGUUUAUCAGUGAUGAAGAGGCGGCGGGUCCGGAGGACACUGGGACGGACGCCUUGGACGCGGUGCCGCCGGCCCGGGAGCCCGCCCCGGCGCCGGACUCUCUCAGGACUGGACGGUCGCGAUCAUCUCACAGCUCGUGUCCGGCGGCGGGGGGCGCCGAUGCCCUGGGCCGGCCACACGUGAGGCUGAAAUGAGGCUUCCGAUUGCCCCCCACCCCGGGGCCCGGCCGCCCCUUAGCCAUACACAUCGCUGCAUGAACUCUCUGGAAAGCCCUUCUCAAAGGUUGAACCCACAAAAAUCAGGAAGAACAUGAAAGGCAGUUCCUAAGCCCGUUAUCUUUCAAUUGCAUGAAAAUGCAUGUUUAGGGGAUGCUGAACUUCAGGGUACGACAUUGCCCCUCACUCAGUAAGGUACCUUGAGUUAAGAAUCCCGAGACACCGACCCUGCUCAUGCUGCGGGGGGUGGGUGUGAAACGUCAAGGUCGGGUCCAUUAGAAGAUCCAACUCUGUGUUUUGAAAUGAUGGCUGUCCACGCCUUCAAAUGUCAGGCAUUUCUGCUGGUGAUAAAACGCAGAAUUCAUUUUCAAAAUUCGGCCAUAAUGUACACGUGACACGGUGACUGUCAUCAACAGCUGCUAACAAGGUACCCGUAACACAGAAUCGGGGUAUCAGACACGGCUGCCUGUUCAAGACGUAGAUGCCAACCUGUCCUACCCAGCCAUUUUAUCAUUAAUGUAAUCUGAAUGUCAAUCUGUGUGCUUUUGGUGACUUAACGCUGUGGCCAGCAAUUUUGCACAUCAUUUUCAUGUUUUGUUUGUUUGUUUUUUUUAAUGACGAGAAUGUUCUUCAGUUAGAAAAUGUGCAAAUAAUGAAAUUCAGGGCCAGUGGGGCGAAUAGGCUGACUCUUUGACAUCUUUGACUUCAUGGAAAUAAAUUCCCUGACGGCUCUAUCAGCUGCUACGCAAGCAACCGAGUCCCAAGGAGUGGAUGAUACGUGGGGCUGGGCUGACCCGUGUGCAGUGGCCCUGCCCAGGCCUGCAAGCCGCCUACAGAAGGCCAGUGUGAGGGGCUCUUCCCACUAUGCUGAUAGCCAGGCAGGCUCUCCGGGAGGAGACAUGAGACGGAAAUGGGAAUGGCUCAGAAAGAAUCCUAACACCGGGAAAUCAGUGAUGCUCAAGAAAACGACCUCCCUGCUCCAGGGUGAUGAGAGGGAGGGAAACAAACCAAAAGAAAAGAACUUGAUUUUUUUUUAGAAAACAAAUAUUGUUAGGGAAUUCAACUACCUAAACACCCCUUAUUCUUAUAUAUGAGCAGAGAGUUUUGCAAGGUAUUUAUUUUUUAAUAUGCCCUGAAUGUGUUUUGCUAUUAUGUCAUACAUUUUGCAUAUGAAAGGCUAAAACUAAACCUCCUUUACUUUUUAUACUGUAGUGGACAUUUUCUAUUCUCCCCAAGAAUGUUGCCCGCCCCCGCUCUGAAAAAUGAUUGAUUCAGUUUCCUGGCACAAGCUCAUAUAGUCAGAAACCAGGUAACCCUGGCAGGGUCUGCAAAUCAAAACACUGAAUAAUAUAGCAUGGUGGCUAAAAAGCCCAAGGGAAAGAAAUUAAGAAAUAUCUCUACCAGAAAGCAAGCCAAGCUGACCACUUGUUAGCAGUUAGACUGGCAACCUCAGACCGUCAGAAUUUCAGCCAAGGGCCAGGGGAAGUGAGAGAGCAGAUGGAUUAAACUCCAGCCACAGGAAGACUUAGAAAGAGUUUUCUCCUUGGCUGAUAUUGCUGCCUCCAGGAUAACUUUUCCAGCAGCCAGGGGAUGGACCAGGGCUGUCAACAGCCGCCCAAAGGCAAGGCGGGACAAGGCACUGACGCCUGCCAAGUCCCUCCCAAACUCUCUUCCCCAGCCUGCUUUCUCCACCUCAGACCCCCUGUCUUUCUCCUCCACAGGCUGUGGACUCCCUGCCUCCCUUCACCAGCCUCCCUCCCCCAAGUAAGCGACUUUUCCAUUCCACCUCCUAUACACAGCUCAACCCUUUUCCUUUUUUGAUAAGCACUGAAAUUUGGAAGGCUUCCUCCUCUCAUCCCACCUGGAUCCUCGCACACGCCCCUGGCGUGCAUCCUUCAGGGUCUGCUUGGCUGCUGGAGACACAUAGAAGAGAGCGCAUCCAUUUUACACUCUGGUUUGAAAGAUGUUCUCAAACUCUUUAAGCCACUGUUUUUAUUUUCAAAACAUAAAAUUUUAGUCAAUUAUUAAAGGCAGCGUUUCAUCUACCCAUGUCUCCGAAUUUGUGAUCCAUCUUCCCAAGGAGGUUGUACAUGAAAACACAGAUACACACACACACCCCUCCGCUGACCCAAAGCCAGACACACACACACACACACACACACACACCCCACCCCACCAUGCCCAGCAGGCCGUCUCCAGGUAUCACUUGAAGAAGAGGAAGGAACUUUCAGGUAGCAAUGAGUCUCAGACACGCUCUGUCCGGGUCAAACCCCACUGGCAGCAGGAACUCUGAAUGUACCGAGGACCCCGCCUUAGGCCCCGUUAGGCCUCAGACACAGUCCAAUCCAUCUGGCAUCACUGAAGAUGGAAGAUUCAGAAACAAACCCAAACCGGUCACCAAGGGUUCAUCACAGCCCAACGUGGUAAACCAUGCUGGGAGGAGCUUUCACACGCCCAAGCCAUGACCAUUUUGUGUCUGUCUGACUGCAGCACAAAACUUCUUGGAUGUCGAAAGCCAGUUGUAUUGUGUGAAGCCGUAGGGCUGUGUCUGCUGUGUUCCUGUCGGGGGAGCUGAGAGGGGUCUCUCCCUUACACUUAGCAAAGCCCCUUCCAUCAGCCCCAGUGUCUCGAAGCACAAUUAGCUGAGUGCUGAUCAGCCGCUGGCUUUCUCAGGCCUCGACCGUCUGCCGCCUUCGGUACGUAGGGUUGAUCAAGCUAGCGCUUCAUGGCAAACAUCCCUUCUACGAGGUUCACUAAAAAAAUUUUGCUCCGUCUGAUCUAAAUGUUUGCAUUUUGUUCAACUAAAUUAACAUCUGUAGAUAGCAAGUUUUGUUUAAAGUAAGACACUCGAUUGAGUUUUUCAGUCUUUCUCUCUUGUUCUAAGGUGCCUUUCUCACCUCCCCUUGACUCAGUGAUUCUGAAAGUUCUUAAUUUGCCAGAAAACAAGUCUUACAGAGAGGAGGAAAUCAGGCACAAAGUGACUCAUUCUCAUGCUUGUGUGCAAAGCAAAACUACAAGGAAUCAUGAAACUGAGCAACUAAAUGAAUAGGUCACUUCACCCAGAUUGAGAAAAUACCGUAAAUGUUAACUUAUCUCCCCAGAAGCUGAUAUUUUUUGCCUUAAAAUGACAUGGUUGUGUUUUUGUAAGAGAAACUUAAUUUAAUUAUGUGCAUUUAAGUGAGCAGUUCUGGAAGUCACAUAUGACAAUGCAGUUCUGUUUCCUGAAAACAAAUAAAUCAGGAAUAGUGUAUCCAUUUCAAGCUACCAUUCAAAUGUAAUUUCCUUUGCUUUCUUUUACCGGGAUUAUUUGUUUUAAAGUAAAACAUUAAAAAGAUGUCUAUAAACA